AGUGCGCGUGCGCGGCAGUGGGGAGUGAGGAACCGUGGUUGGUGGUCUAGUACUGGUGUCUUGCUCCGUAGUGUCGACUAACCUCUUGUUUCCCUCACUCGUCUUCUCGCCUACUCACACAGACUGACACAAUGGGUGACUCUAACACUACUACUAGCAUUGCGGACUACCUCGCCCAGCUCUUAAAGGAUAAGAAACAGCUCGCAGCCUUUCCCAGCGUAUUUCUGCACGUCGAAAGACUUCUUGAUGAAGAAAUCAACAAAGUGCGCUCCAGCUUGUUCCAAAUCAAUGGCGGACAGAAGGAGCCCCUAUCCCUGCCGGAACCCGUGGGCCCAACCGUCACACUCUCCGACAAGGUGUACGUGCCUGUCAAGGACCACCCCGAGUUCAACUUCGUGGGUCGAAUACUGGGUCCACGGGGCAUGACAGCCAAGCAGCUGGAGCAGGAGACAGGAUGCAAGAUUAUGGUGCGUGGCAAAGGCUCCAUGCGGGACAAAAAGAAGGAGGAGCAGAACCGCGGGAAGCCUAACUGGGAGCACCUGAAUGAAGACCUUCAUGUCCUUAUCAGCGUUGAGGAUUCAGAGAAUAGGGCCAAGAUGAAGAUCCAGCGUGCCCUUGAAGAAAUCCGCAAGCUGCUGGUGCCAUCCGCUGACGGUGAGGACGAGUUGAAGAAGCGGCAGUUGAUGGAACUCGCCAUCAUCAACGGCACCUACAGAGAUUCCUCGAUGGCCUUUUUUGCCUCUGCCCAGAGCAGCCACUAUAACGGGGCACGACUGUACCCAGUUAACGAAAUUGAGGGACUGGGUCCUCUUACAGGGGAAGUCCCACGCCUGCUCACACCUGGGAUGACUCUCCCAUCCCCGCUGCGCACCGCCACUCCGCUGGGGGGGCAUCCCCUCAUCAUGCCCACCCGCAUCCCAGUGCCCACCACCACUGCGCUGCUCAAUGGCACCAGUGCUGGCAUGCCACCACCCCUCAUCGCUGCCGGUGAUGCUCCCGCCGGCUUGAUGUAUGCACCGUACGCCGCCGAGUAUGCCAACUACGCUGCCCUCAGCUCCCCCCUCCUCACUGAGUACCCCCCGGAUGCCACUGGUGGGUUGUUUGCCAGAUGAACCAUGUACUAGUCCACCCACACCACCCACACCACCGCACCCACGCCCGCUCACACACCCGCAGAGUUAGCCACACUCGCCAUGUUGCCACAGCACUGCAGUGUGCGGUGGUGUGUGCGGCGCCACGCUAGGGACUGUCUGCCCUCGGUGGGCUCCACCAGGAGGCUUGGUGGACCUGUAGUUGUCUUGUGUAAUGAGACUUGGAUUGUUUUCAUUUUAUAUAUUUACAUUUUCUUUUUAAUUUCUCAAAGCAUCGUUUUUAAGCUAUCCAGUGUUGCUCAGCGUGCAUAAUAAGCCCAGUGAUUUGUUUAUUGCAUUCCAUUUUGUGGCCAGUGCUUUCAUUGUUAAUGUUUUAUAUGGUGCUUUUUCUACCUCUGAGAAAAGAUUGAAAAGAAUGACUUUAGAUCACUUGACAUGGUUGCCAAAACAAAGGAUUGUGCCUCAGAGGAGUGUUGUGGCGAGGGUUGGUGCCAGGGAUUUCUUGACACCAUGCAUUCUGAAGCAACUAGAAAGUCUUUUACUAUAAUCGUCAUUGUUUGAGGUUGUGAAAGUUAUACCCGUAUUUAUUUAUAUUACGUGAAUUAGGUAGGAUGGUAGCUGUUAUGCUAAGAGUGCUAUGGAAAUGCAGUGGCUAAAUGCUAUGUUACAAUGAUAUUUUCUUAUUGGUAAUAAGGUGUAACUACUUAGACUAGUUAGGUAUUGAUAGGGUUGUACUUAAUAGCCUCUUGGUCAUGGUGGUGGAUGCAUUACCCUAGAUAUUCCUGGUUUUGGGUCAGCAAUCUUGCAUGCUUUACAUAAUUUAAGAGCAUUUAAUUUUAAUCAAAACUAUACUCACUUUUCUAGUAUUAUUAAACUUGCCUAACUUUUCUUAUUUUAGCCCCUCAGCAUAAAAUCUAAACCAACAGAACUCCUUUAAAUUGUCUCUCUUAGUGUAAUCUCCAUGCAUGGGCCACCAGGGGAAACACUUCUGCUGUCAGUGUGGUGACACCUUGUGGGGUGAAGAGAGGGAGAACCUGGCAGUUGAAAUAGUUGUCUGUUUUUGCAAAUAGAUUAGUCCUUCAAGAAACUCCCUGUGUCUGGUAGCUGCAGACUUUUGAGGAUUGAGAUUAAUCGUUUACUAUUACUAGUGUUGAUGACUCAGUUUAAUAGAAAUAGAAAAUGCUACAUCAAAGGCACCAAAUGAGAUGACUGACUGUCAAGUUUAGGAAGGAGAUGGUAGUGUGGGUGGUGGUGGUUUAAGAGGAUAUAUAGGCUCCCUUUUCUGCCUCCCUCUCCUCCCCCUAUGAUCCCUCUCCUCCCCCUGCCAGGCUAACGGGCAAACACCAGAUGGAUUGUCCCAUGUGGGCAACACACACACACACAUACACACACACACACACACACACACACACACACACACACACACACACACACACACACACACACACACACACACACACACACACACACACACACACACACACACACACACACACACACACACACACAGAUGACUGGAAAGUGCAUGAAGCCAAUUUAAAGGAGUUUGGCUGUAUAUAGUUCUUAAUAAAUCAAACUGCCAUUCUGUGUUGCAAAUUGUCUUAUCAUAAAACAUUGACAUGGAUUUAAUUGUCUAAGCUAUUAGGCAUUGUACAUUAGAAAGGCAGUUUGAUAUGAAGUAAAGCAAUUAAUAUGUAUCUUUUUUCAGCAGGAGCAGGUUUGUAUUGCAUUCUAAACUAAAAGUGAAAUUGGUAACACUAUUUGGUCAGCUUGAACAUAAAGGGAUCUUCCAUGUGGUUUUUGAAGGCACCCAAAGACUUUGAUUCUCAUUUGUAUGACAUCCAUCCAUCCCAAUGGUGAUAGAUUCUUUAAUUUGAUAAAACUACCAAGGGACCAAGUUACUAACACAACAGCAGGGGUGGCAGCAGCAGGUGGGUUACUAAAGCCACGCCUCAGCUGCUACACCAACACUCACUUUUGUUUGUGUUCAGACUGGUUCAGGGGACAUGGUGCAGGUGCCACAGGACAGAGUGGCGCUUGAGGUGAUUGAGCUGCACCUCAGUGUUGAUCUUGUCUGUGGUCCAGUCACUGAUGGGAGGCUCAAGGCAUCUGUCAUGGAGUUCAUUACUAAAUGGUGCCAAACUUGUCAAACUAAAAAAAAAAAGAGAUUUCCCCAGCUUCAUAGAUGUCAAUGAUGAUUCCAGGCAGAUGCAUGGGGAGCUGUUUCUUACACAUGGCCUACUAGAGGUCACUAACGUGCCAUAAUUAACACCAUUCAGUCCUGUAUUGAGUUGAGAAAAGGAAACGGGUCCAAUGCUUGAUGCGUUGUGUUUAACAAAGAUCACGAUUCUUACUUGCUCAGUUACAGUGGUAAGUUUAUGAUGAGAAUGAGGAGUCAUGAUAUCUUGUAAGGGAUAGAGAUGAAAAUUUUCCACCACAAUAGAAAUUCAAAGGUGGUAGUGUAGUAUGAUAUACUCAGUCAAUUCUUGUCACUGUAACUGAGUGUAAAAACUAUCUGACCUUAAUCACUGAGUCAUUAUCUUACAAGGUUAUGGGGAGGCCUUGAACCACCUGGCAAAGAGCAAGUGUUACUAAAUUUGCAGUGUGAUAAAAUUCAUUAAUUUAAAACAUAAACCAGGAGGUGGAAGAUAAUACCUUCCGUGCUGAAUUGAGUAAGUAUGAUGAGUAAAACAAGUUUUUAAUUUGUGCUCAGCAUUUGAUAUCCCUUUAUCAAAGAAUACUGGAUUUGUAUUUCAUCAUUGUACAGACAUUGAGCCAACAUGAAAAAAAAUAAAUAAUAAAUAAAUAAAUGGAGGUUAUUGGUGCCUUGCUUUAGAAGGGUAUAGUGUGCAAUAGACUUUGCUGUCAUAACGUCUGUAAUGGUAAAGAAAACUGUUUCAAGUGUUUAAAGCAUGGUCACUUCAGUUUUCAAAAUUGUAUAGUAAAAUUUUGAUGCACAAAGAUUUUGAUCUUGUUGAAAUAAAAGUAUAAUAAUAAUAGUGAUAAACACAAGCACAAAAAUGGUGGAACUACUGCUGACUGUCACGGUGGGUGGGAUCAGGGCCUCCCUCUUCCACAACUCAGUAAUGUAACAUCUACUAACAACUAACUGGCUUUGAUCAUUUCCAGCUGCAGUCUGAUUUUGGUGGUGCUACAGUGUACAUAAACAUAUUUAAAAAUCAGGUUUUCUCAAAGAUGCCUCUAGCAUGAGCCUAGCAAGGCUCUUGAAUUUUGUGAUUUUAUCAUUUAUUUUUGUACUGUUGGAGUUUCAUUCUUUUUAGUUACCAGUGAAGAAGUAAAUGUACUCAAGCUGCUUUUGUCUAGUUUAGAUACUGUCAGAUGCUUUAUAUAUAUAUAUAUAUAUAUAUAUAUAUAUAUAUAUAUAUAUAUAUAUAUAUAUAUAUAUAUAUAUAUAUAUAUAUAUAUAUGUAUAUAUAUAUAUAUAUAUAUAUAUAUAUAUAUAUAUAUAUAUAUAUAUAUAUAUAUAUAUAUAUAUAUAUAUAUAUAUAUAUAUAUAUAUAUAUAGCACACAACAGGGUGAAUGGCAGUGCCAACACCUAAUUGAAGGAUCUGUCAUGUCCAUCUACUAGUUCAUGAGUUGCUGAAAGCACUGUGGAGCCCAAGGGUAAAUUGUGUAGACAGUUCUCUGAGCUCAGGUGUUGUGCAUGAAUGGAGGAGCAAAUGGGAGACUGAGGCAAGAUGACAUGUUUAUUGUAGAAACUGAAAAGUGCAAUUUUUCAUGUGUACUGCUUUUGAAGUAGAUGUAAAGUUGCUUUUGCAGUUUCUCUUAAGAUAAAUGGUGAUCUUGUCAUGGUGAGGCUGAGUUGUUGUCCGGUGUGUACGUUGCCACAUGAUGCCAUCACGUUGUGUUGUUCAGGUGUAGCGGUCAAGCAGCGACGCCAUUUGGGCCAGGCACGGGAGCACCCCUAUCAAAGGACGGGUACGCUCUCGUAGGCCACAACCCAGGUUAGUUGAACACCCAUUGAAAAUAUCACCUAUUCAUGCUCCUCUUCACUUCCCCACAUCAAGAGUCAUAAGAAUGUGGUUUUUAUAGGAUAAGUAACUAAAGAUGGCUUUAAAGAAAAGGCCAUUUUGAAUUCAUCACUAAAACUGUGGAGAGAUUGGUCAUUACUGUUGAUGUGGGGAAACGCAAUACAUUGUAGUCAUGUAUAAAAGAUUUUUAUGAUGUUCGGGCGUGGUGAGUUAUUCUUCACUCUCCUUUAGUGUGCCACUGCACACUUUGAUGACAUUCCGUCCAGCAAACUCUUUUUCUCUCCCUCCCUUUUUUCUCUCUUUUUAUGUAGAUUUUCUGCAAAGCCAUUUUUCUUGUAUGGAGUACAUUUGACAGAUACUAUCUUUGUUGUCAAAAUGUUGCAAAGAGACUAUCAAUCAUGCAUCCUAGUCAGUCCCUUGAGGACCCUGACGGCAUUUACUCCUCUAGCAUUGUAUUCUUUCCAGUGUUAUUCUUCUGUGCAAUUUGAAUAAAUUCUCCAGUUAUUGUUUCUUUGAGAAUGAUUAUAUAAGGUUCAGCUGGAGGAGUUCUCACCAUGCCCAUCCUUAAGUGCCUCUCAUCCCAUGUGAGGUCGGUCAGCUAUAGUCAUAAAGAAAAAAAGAAAACAUGCAGGAAAUCCAGUUACAUGUGGGUGUUGUCAGGCUUUGUGGGGAGCUGAUGUUAGGUUGUGUGGGGCUCAGUUCAGGACUUGGACCCUUCAAGGUAUGUAACUCAUUUUGGGAAAGUAUAAUACAAAACAUCUUAAACUUUUCAUUGCUGCAACACCCAGUCUUUACUUCUCUGGCCGGCCUCACACAUUGGGAGCUGUCAGCCAUUAUUUGUUUCCAUUUUACUGUAUUUUAAGUCACAUAAAUUAUGCUUUAAGAAUAUAGUUGGUAAGGAUAUCUGGCAAGGAUGCCACUGUGAACUGAGGCCCAAGAAGGAUUGCGGCCUUGAUGUCUGAAGUACAGGUCACAGCUACAAGAGCCCAAAGUAUCUGUAUAUCUCUGGAUUUUUACGUAUUGAUAAGUCAUGAAUAAAUUGAUGAAGAAGAGUAAA